GGUCCUCGCUGAUGAGAACAACGUCCCACUCACUUUGCUCUACUCUACUCAACUGCUUUCUCACCCAACGGAGACUAGCACACUCGAAUCGGAAUUUGGAAUUCAGGGAAUUCGUCUCUCUAACCUUUUCCUUUUUCUCUUUUUAAGGGAGGGGGAGAGAGAGAAUUACAGAGGAGAAGAAAAGGCAAACAAUUUAUUGUAUUUUUGGUAUUGUUUAUACAUAUAGAGAGAGAGAUGGGUGUGAACUUUGAAUAGAAUAAAAAAGGGUCUCUUUCUUCAUCAUCCGCAAACACCUUCGAAACAGCUGCAGAGAUUUUUUCUGCUUUUGAGGUCUCGCCGUCUUUCGGGGUUCCGCACUGCCAUUUCUCUGUACAAUUUGGUGGCGCAUUGAAAGCGGAGCUUUUACUGAGCUGAGUUCGGUUCUAAAUUUCUAAUUGAAGGAACGCGGAGAGACCCAGAUUUUGCCCCCAUUAUUUCGACUCAUUUAAGGCUCUCUCUCCCGCUGCGAAAUCUUGGGAUGAAGAAUUCUUAUUGCCCUUCCUUCAACCGUACCACCAACCUCCACUCGCUCUUUCUCUGAAGCCACUAAUUUUGUCAUUCUGAAAGCAAGGCCAAAAGGUGAUAAUACUGUCAUUUUGUGUGGAGCACAGAUCUGUGGUUACUUAAUCCUUUAGAGAAAGAGACCUCUCGAGGAAGGAAGUUGAUAGUGCUACUGAGUUUGCGUUUCCUUUUUGGUUUUCUCUCUGCAGUCUUGUUCGUGAGAAACAUAUCUAUCGGGAUUUCGACGUUGCCUUGGGAGAAAAACGGAGACAAUGUUGCCUCAGAGGCAAGCAGAGGAAGCCAUAGUCCCCAACAUUAGUGAGACAGAGCAGGAGGGAAAAGAUGAAGAGGUUGCAGAAGAGCAUUCCUUGUUUAGCGUCAAGAGCAUGCUCUGGCACGGUGGCUCCGUCUGGGACGCCUGGUUCAGUUGCGCAUCCAACCAAGUUGCUCAAGUCCUCUUAACGCUACCUUACUCGUUCUCUCAACUGGGUAUGCUAUCGGGGAUCUUGCUUCAGUUAUUCUAUGGAAUCAUGGGAAGCUGGACGGCUUAUCUGAUUAGCGUACUCUAUAUAGAGUACAGAAGCCGGAAGGAGAAAGAAAAUGUCAGCUUCAAGAACCAUGUGAUACAGUGGUUUGAAGUGCUUGAUGGCCUACUGGGUCCUUACUGGAAAGCUGUGGGGCUUGCUUUCAACUGCACUUUCCUUGUAUUCGGCUCUGUGAUACAGCUUAUAGCCUGUGCAAGUAACAUAUACUACAUCAACGAUAAGUUGGACAAACGGACUUGGACCUAUAUUUUUGGUGCUUGCUGUGCUACUACAGUGUUCAUACCUUCAUUUCAUAACUACCGGAUUUGGUCUUUUCUCGGCCUUGGAAUGACCACCUAUACAGCUUGGUACAUGACCAUAGCUGCUUUUGUUCAUGGGCAGGUAGAGAAUGUGGAACAUUCCGCUCCAAAAAAACUAGUGCUAUACUUCACCGGAGCCACCAACAUACUCUACACGUUCGGAGGCCAUGCUGUCACUGUGGAAAUCAUGCACGCCAUGUGGAAGCCCCAGAAAUUCAAGUACAUAUACCUGAUAGCAACUCUAUAUGUUUUCACACUAACCAUUCCCUCAGCGUCUGCGGUUUAUUGGGCUUUUGGAGAUCAGCUCCUCAAUCAUUCCAAUGCCUUCUCUCUCCUCCCCCCAUCUGGCUUCCGUGAUGCUGCUGUUAUCUUGAUGCUUAUCCACCAGUUUAUAACAUUUGGAUUCGCAUGUACGCCGCUGUACUUUGUGUGGGAGAAGGUGAUAGGGAUGCACGAUACAAAAAGCGUUUGUUUAAGGGCACUAGCAAGGCUACCAGUGGUUAUACCCAUAUGGUUCUUGGCAAUAAUAUUCCCAUUCUUUGGACCUAUUAACUCUGCUGUUGGGGCUCUUUUGGUCAGCUUCACCGUCUACAUUAUUCCUGCUUUAGCCCAUAUGCUCACCUACAGAAAAGCCUCUGCUCGACAGAAUGCUGCAGAGAAGCCUCCCUUAUUUUUACCUUGCUGGACUGGAAUGUAUGUGCUCAAUACAUUUGUGGUGGUGUGGGUUCUGGUGAUUGGUUUUGGCUUUGGUGGAUGGGCCAGUGUCACCAACUUUGUCAGGCAAGUUGACACUUUUGGCCUCUUUGCCAAAUGCUAUCAGUGCAAGCCUCCACCACCGGCACCAGCCUCUCACCACUGAGCUUACUCAGAUCAUCUCUCUCCCUCUCUCUCUCCUUUUUUUGUAUCAUACAAGGGGAAGUAGUAAUAUUUCCCCUACAUGUGGUGAUGUGUGCUGGAUUUUCCUUUUAUAUAUAUAUAUAUAUUCUUAAAUUAGUUUGUAAAAGUGUGAUGAUCCUCUUGCUAUCAAAGCAUAGAUUAAUUAAAUCAUAUUAUAUAUAUAUAUAUAUAUGUGUUAAGGUGUA